AUGAUUUUGUUUCCCGUGGCAGAAAGAGUAGAGGGAUUCAACUUCGAGCAAAGGCAUGGGAAAAAGAGGGUAAGGGUGGCUCGCGUGUGGAAGACGAAGGAAGGAAAACACUACGUUGUGGAGUGGCGAGUCAGCAUCAACCUCCUCUCUGAUUGUGUCAACUCUUAUCUCCGUGAUGAUAACUUCGAUAUCGUUGCCACUGACACCAUGAAGAACACUCUAUAUGCAAAAGCCAAGGAGUGCUCUGAACUACUUUCUAUUGAGAACUUUGCUAUUGAGCUUGCCAAGCACUUUAUAUCAUUCUAUAGGCAGGUUGGUAGAAGGGGAGAAACUUCAUCCUCCUUCGAUAGUAAACCUGAGAGGACCUUCCUUAGAUUAAGGAGGGAAGCAAGAGGCAAAGGCAUAGUUGGAGAGGAAGUAGUGGAGGAAGAUCUAAGAACUAAUAUGGAGGAAGAGAAUAAUUGUUCAUAUGGAGGGGGUGCCCAGGAGGAUCCAAACCAACAUCUCACUACAUUCUUGAGGAUAUGCAACAAUGUAAAGUCCAACGGUGUUCACCUUGACACCCACAAACUACUUUUGUUCCCUUUCUCACUCAGAGAUAAGGCAGCAAAGUGGUUGGAAGCAUUCCCCAAGGAGAGCUUGACCACUUGGAAGGAGGUUGUAAACAAGUUUCUAGCAAUAUUCUACCCACCACAGAGAGUCAAUAGGUUGAGAACUGAGGUACAAACAUUCAGGCAACAAGAUGGUGAAACACUUAUGAGGCCUGAGAGAGGUUUAAAGACUUGA